AUGGCCAUGGAUCAAGUCGCACUAAGCACUAUUCAGAAGUCUAUCUGGGAAGGCCAACUCCCUCUAAAUAUUACUCUCGCUCCAUCUGAGAGUCGCACCUACGACCAGACAGAUCCAUAUCUCAUUUCCUUACCGCGGAUUUCGUAUCUGCCAUCUCUCCUCCCUAGGCUCAAGGCCUUCUUCUCUUCAUCACUCAUUGACCCCGCUGCCUCAGCUCCCCAUGACGGUUGGUUCUCUUUUGAAGGCGUCCCCCUGAAAUGGCACUACCCCGUCGGUCUCCUCUAUGACCUUUAUGCGGGUGCGGACCCAGCGACCAAAUCAAGCGAGGAUGAGUAUUCGCCCACCUCAGAGGCUGGACCGCUUCCCUGGCGACUUGUUGUGCACUUUAGCGACUGGCCUGACGAGGAGCUCGUCCGCCUUGACGCAGAAGGCAUGGUCAUGAACGAUGCCUUCAUUAACAGCGUCAAGGAGGCUGAUUUCGUGCGCAACGGCACUGCAAAGGGAAUCAUGACUCUCUCGAAGGAUGAUUCUUCGGGGUUGUGGGAGGCUGUUCAAGAUGUCGACCUCCCCUCCUUCCAACGAAUAAUGAACAUCCUCCUCCCACUAAAUUCCCACCAACCCCUCCGCAACCUCCCUGUCCGCCUCUUCCUCCCCCUCCCACCAAAACCAGACUCCGAUUCGAACUCCCCCUUCCUAAAAGUCGUCCAAUCGCCCAUCCCGCCAACAAUAUCCGUCACGCAGUCCCAGCAACAGAUGAACCAGUCAACUAUACUGUCCUCAUCCCGCGUCUCGGGUUCAGUAUCCGCAGGGGCGGCCCAACCGCAACCGCAAACUAUCGGUACGGCACUCCACUCUAUCUUACCCCAUCUAUUUCCGAGCCGCAGGACCCCUGUCCUGGCGAAACCUGUGCUGCAUGGUGCUGCGGUGCCGAUGUCUGCGCCUGUGGAGGAGGUGGUGAGAUGUGCCGCUUAUGGGGAUGGGUGGGUUUAUAUCGUUGUGAGGAUGAUGGGUUGA